CCAAUAUGGAAGCUGAAUUAUCUAAGUUGCCAAGAGAUGAAGACCCAGAAGCUAAGUACACAUUUGCGGCACCAGUGUGGAAACAGUACUUGAUCGUCACUUGGAGAACAAUUGUACAAAAAUGGAGAUUACCAGGGUACAUUUAUGCUAAGGUGUUUUUAGUAGUUUCAUCCGCGCUUUUUAAUGGCUUUUCAUUCUUCAAGGCAGACAAGUCUUUACAGGGUUUACAAAACCAGAUGUUUUCGGUGUUUAUGUUCUUUGUCGUUUUCGCUACAAUGGUUCAUCAGUUACUACCUCAAUACGUUGCUCAAAGAGAUGUCUAUGAGGUUAGAGAGGCGCCGUCGAGAACGUUCAACUGGUUCGCUUUUAUCACUGCACAACUUUCUUCGGAAGUGCCCUUUCAAAUUUUUGUUGGAACUAUUGCCUUUUUCUGCUGGUAUUAUCCCGUUGGACUCUACGCCAAUGCCGAACCUACAGAUUCCGUUAAUCAAAGGGGUGUUCUUAUGUGGCUUUUCAUCAUUUGCUUUUACGUGUACACGAGCUUUAUGGGAAUAUUGUGUAUUUCAUUUAUUGAAAUCGAGGACAAUGCUGCAAAUCUUAGUGUUAUCUUGUUCACAAUGUGUUUGACAUUUUGUGGUGUCCUUAAAACUGGAGAAGAAUUGCCACGAUUUUGGAUCUUUAUGUAUCGUGCUAACCCCAUUACAUACUUGGUCCAAGGUAUGUUGGCUACUGGCUUGGCAAAUACAUCAGUUCAUUGUAGUAAUACUGAGUUGUUGAUGAUUAUACCACCCGAUGGAAAAUCCUGCUCGGAAUGUGAUAGAAAGACACCAUGUUCAUCAUGCGUCAAAUUAAACAUUGGGUAUACUUGUGUCUAUGACACUACAUGGAAGGGCACAGUUGUAAAUGAUACGAAUACAAAUAAUACCGGAUCCCAAAGAUUGUCAGUCACAAUACAAGAAUUGGAAGAAAUGGAAUAUUUGAGAGCAAAAGUCAACGAAUUGGAGAAUAUCCUUAUUCAACGCGAUAGGAACGAUGAAAAGACUAUUGUAGAAAAUGUCAACAAGCCUUACAUCCGUAUUCAACCCAUACCGCCUCCAGAGACAUCUGUGUCUACCAAUCCAGUUGUCAGUCCCCAUGACACAUUGAACUUCUACACUGGAUAUACCCCUUUGUAUACAAAGAGCAAUAUCCGAAGGGUCAACUUUGGACCAUUGUCCUGGGUCUCUUUGCUGAAACGAGACCCUGCUUUGUGUCUAUCUUGGAGAGAAAUCACCAAUGGUGGUUCCUUCCCUUCCAUCAAUUUGACGCAAUUGCCACUAACCCCAGAAAACAUUGCAAUUUUGAAUACCUAUAUGACCACUUCAGAAGGUACUUCUGCCAAUAUGGACAAAUUUUUUAAACGCAAGUACUUGGAAGUUGAAGGUUAUGAUGAAACAAUGCCUUAUAAUUCGCUGGCAAGAAUCGGUAUGAAAACGCAAGACAAGGAUAGCUUGAGCAAUAAGAACAACGAAAGCCCCCUGAAUAAACCAGCUGACUUUAGGAUGUCAUUCACCCUGAUCAGUCUUGCUAGGACUAUUUUUGAGGGAAAAAUUAAUCCCGAACUACAAUUAAUUCAAAAGAUAAAGGCCAUUAUACCUAGUAGGAAGGUAUUUUGGAAUCUCAUUGAUUUAUUUUUUGACAAUGUUUACCCUUUUUUCCCAUUUAUCGAUGAGUAUUCUUUUAAAAAGGAUUUGCAAAAAAUAUUUGGAAAAGUAGACUACGAAGACAAGCCUUUUUCCAAGGUCAAUAUUUGUAAAAAAUUGGACUUGGCCAUAGUUGCUCUUGGUUUUAUUUGUUUGAGGAUGACUUAUUUGUCAUUAUACUCCAAUCGUGACGCUGUUAAUCGCAGGAUUGUUGAAUCACUGGACGUGACUACCACCAAAUUCCUUUUCCAAAAUCCCAUCAAUUCUUCAAGCAUUGACGUGGCAAAUUCUUGCAUCCAAUGUUUUCAAUUUACAAGAAAGUCUAACCUCAUUGUUUUCCAAGCGAUUUUGUAUAUGAGGUUUUAUAGAGAAAUAGCUCCUGAAGAAAGUGAUGGCAUUGAUGGUGGAGAUUCUCAAGUUGGGACAGCUUUGAUUAUCCAAAUGGCGUACUCGCUUGGGCUCAAUCGUGAGCCUGAUUUAUUGGAUGUUUGUAACGACGAAAAGACAAAUCAUUUGGGUCGUAAAAUUUGGGCAGCAUUAAUUUCUGCUGACUUUGAGCACUGCUUGUCGAUUGGGAAUCCAAUCAGUAUUCAUUCAAAGAAUUACGACGUUGUUAGACCAUUUUUGACAGAUGGGAAUAGCAAUAUUAGGGAUGUUGACAUGGAAGCAGCGGUAGUUGAGCUAUUUAGCUUGAUGGACCCUGAAAGAGAACUAUUAAGGCGAUUGCUAGGCUAUGUAUUGGACAUGAGGGAUGGGGUUGAAAUGAACAAAAUUACCAACGAUCUCCACAUUCUUGAAAAGGUAAUGGAUACACAAUAUAAUGUUCUUCAGAAACAUAGAUUGAAAGAUGAAAUAUUCAAUUCCAGGCACACUCGGCCACGGGUGAGAAAGUUUUUAUACUCUGAAAAGGCAAGAAAGUUUUUGGAAACUAAAGUGGCUAUCACAUCGUUUUACUAUCAUAUAUAUUUGCAUUACGAGAAGAAAAUGGAUACUGAACUUUCGUUCUUUUACUUGACAAAGAUGUUGUUGAUAGUUACUAAUGACGUUAUGCCAUAUGUCGAGGACAUAGUGAAUGGAUACUUGAGCUCGGUGGGAUUGUUCUUGAACCCCGUAGUCCAGCUCGGCUUGCUCAAAGCAAACCAGAUUGUAUUUUCUUGUUUUGCUCGCAUUAAUGCCAUCAUUCAUCAAGCAGAAGCGUCGCGAAACCAUGGCACUAAAUUGACUGGUGAUGAAAAAUAUCGUGAUCAUUUUAGCAAGUUGAAAGAUUUGUCCGAGGAUCUCAAGAAUACAAUAAAAUUGGAGAGUCAAUUGCUUGAAAGAAUGGGGCUGCGAUAUUAUUGUGCAUGGCGAAUUUCAAAGUCUCAGGUUACAUUUCUCAAGGUGUUGACUGGGAAUGAGUUUUAUGACAAGCACUGCCAGCAAUUGAAACGGAUAAAGGGGUUCCAGUUUACAACCAUCCAAUUGGAUGUAUUUGCUUCUUUGGUUGGAGAGUUAAAGAGUGUAUUGGUUAAAACCUUAAGUUUUGAAGAUGCUGAAGACUUGACUACCCCUGAACUGGUGAAGUCAAAACAAGACGAUGGACAAACUUCCCUAUUCGAGCAACAACAUCUCGUAGAUCCAAAUCAAGAUCCAGAUGCAGAAGCUCACCCCACUCCUUCAAGAACAGGUUUAACUCCACUUACCUAUUUGACUGACGAGAUGCCUUCUGGAUUGGCCAACGAGAAUUUCAAUUACAUUGAUCAUAUGUGGUUACUGCAUGCAGCAAUGAAGCAAGACGGUGGCCAAUCAUUUGAAAAUAACUUGAUUUCAAACUUAUUCCCCAAUGAGGACCUAAGAAGUAUGACAAGCAGCUCUGGUGCGGGAGCUCUUUACAACGAUAUUGGUGGUGCUAGCUCUACUGAUUGGCCGAUGGAACCUGUGGCAUCGGACUCGCAGCUGCAAGAGCAACAGAUGCACAUGGAUCUGAAUUCUUCAUCAUCACAGCAACAGAGUCAGGGAUUGAUGCCACUUCCUUCACUAUUUAGAAGCAAUCGGGAACAAGAGCAUGCUGAGCAUGUGCUUGAAGAUGAGUCUAAAUUUUUUAACCACCCAUUAUAG